UACUGAAAGUCACCAUAACUGGAGAACAUCGAGAGAGAGAGAAAGAGAGCGAGCAACCUGAAACUAUUGGUCAACAAUGCAGCUUCAAAUAGUGUCCUUCUUCUGGUUCCUAAUAUGUACCAGUGAAGCCCUGCAAUGCAAAAGCUGCUUGGAGCGAUACUCUGAUCACUGCGAGUCCGAAGAAACCAUAGACUGCGGCGACAGCGAUGGGUGUGGCGCAGCGUCUGGCUUUUUCCAGCAGGGAUCGGAAAGGAAGAAUUUUAUUUACAAAGGUUGCCGGCUUCCCAUAGAAUGCAAUUCCUGGCUGCGCAUUUCCAUGAACGGCACCUACCUACAGUCCUACAUCACGUGCUGCGAUGGCGAGAUGUGCGGCCUGGAUUAUUAUAUACCCAGCGAUGCAAAUGAACCGUAUAAUGGCCUUGAAUGUGAAUCUUGUUACUCAGAAGACACUGAAGAUGGAUGCAGAACCAAGCAGCAACAGAAGUGUAGAGGUGAUGAGGAGCUGUGUGUGAUUUAUAAAGGAUCUCGCAGGAAACAAGAUGGAGAAGAAACUGCUGUUUACUUUGCUGGUUGUGGUAAUGCUUUUUUACCUGAAAACGUUGCUUUCUUCUUUGGCUUUGAAGAAACUGGUAGAGGAUACUUAGCGCGUUUUUAUUUGGAUUUCGGCCCUAUAGAAAUCCGUACACCACCACCAGAAAUCCCUCUAGAAAUGAUAGACUAAUGCAUUCUAUGCAUUAAAGCGUUUGUUGACCCAAAAAAA